AUGAAGUUCUUCGCCACCCUCCUCCUGGCGGCCGUCACCGUCCACGCGCUCGCCGUCCCCCAGCCCACCGAGAAGCGUGAGGCAACACCGGUGCUGGCCGCGAGGGAACCCUGGUGCACCAAGCCCGGCCAGCCAUGCUGGAAACGCGAAGCCGCCCCCGCCGUCCUCGACAAGCCGACCCCGGUUCUCGCCGCUCGGGAGCCGUGGUGCACGAAGCCCGGUCAACCGUGCUGGAAGCGCGAAGUCGACCCCGACGCAGAGGUCGACACCUUCCCCGUACCAGCCGCCGCUGCCAUCGACGAGCCCUCCCCGGUCCUGGCUGCUCGUAAGCCCUGGUGCACCAAACCGGGCCAGCCUUGCUGGAAGCGAGAGGUUCGCCGCGUGGCCGUUCCCGAGCCCGCCGUUGUAGAGAAGCCUACUCCUGUCCUGGCCGCCCGUGAGCCGUGGUGCACGAAGCCUGGUCAGCCCUGCUGGAAGCGCGAAGUCGAGCCCGUUGAAGUCGUCCCUGAAUCCGAGGUCGACGAAUCUGAUUCCGAGCUCGACACUUUCCCCGUCCCUGCCGCCGCUUCCGUCGAGAAGCCGACCCCCGUCCUGGCCGCCCGCGAGCCCUGGUGCACGAAGCCCGGACAGCCCUGCUGGAAGCGCGAUGCCGAGCUCGCCGAGGUUGACUCCUUCGAAGUUGUUCCUGAUUCCGAGGUCGACGACUCCGACUUCGACAUCGAAUCCAUCCCUGUUCCCGCUCCCGCCGCCGCCGAGAAGCCGACACCUGUCCUGGCUGCCCGCGAACCCUGGUGCACGAAGCCCGGACAGCCCUGCUGGAAACGCGAAGUCGCACCCGAGACUGACUUCAUCCCCAUGCCCGCCGCCGUCGUUGCCGAGAAGCCUUCGCCCGUCGUAGCUGCUCGUGCGCCGUGGUGCACCAAGCCCGGCCAGCCCUGCUGGAAACGCGAGGCCCUCCCCCAGGCCGCGGAGGCUGCUUAG